AUGGAACAGCUACCCCCCGCCGGCAACACCACCAACACCAGCGUAGGAAAUUGUUGUAUAGCCCUAGCCUCCGUCCUCGGCAACAAAGUCUCCUUCCCAAACACCCAGCCCUACAACGACUCCAUCAGCACCUACUUCUCCCAGCAAAACUCCAACCUCCACCCCGUUUGCAUUAUCUCCCCAACAACAGCAGAGGACGUCGCCACCGCCAUCAACACAAUAACCUCAACUGUCGAAACCACCAACUUCGCCAUCCGCUCGGGCGGCCACGCCUCCUUCACCGGCGCAUCCAACAUCGCAAACGGAGUCACCCUCGACCUCCGCGGCCUGGACAGCAUAACUGUGAGUCCCGAUCGUACGACCGCUUCUAUCGGCGUCGGCGCAACCUGGGGCGAUGUCUACUCCCACCUCGACCCAUUGGACCUCUCCGUCGCAGGCGGACGCGCAGCACAGGUGGGGGUGGGUGGCCUAACAACCGGCGGGGGAAUCUCGUAUUUCUCCCCGCGGUACGGCUGGACAUGCGACACGGUGGCUAACUUCGAGGUCGUCCUCGCCAACGGCACGAUCGUCAACGCCAACGAGCAUGAGAACCCGGAACUGAUGGUUGCGCUGCGCGGCGGAUCGAGUAACUUCGGGGUUGUCACGCGCGUAGACCUGAAGGCGUUCGAACAAGGUGCUAUCUGGGGAGGAAGCGUUUACCAUUCCGUCGAUACCUAUCAGCAGAACCUCGAGGCGUUUGCGGGGGUAAACUCCGCAGACGGGUACGAUGAGUUUGCGUCGCUGAUCACCAGCUUUGGGUUCUCGGCACAGGGCAAGGCCGUGGUGAAUAGUAUUGUGUAUACGAAGGCGGAGGAGAAUCCGGCCGUUUUUCGCCUGUUUAUGAACAUCCCCAAGCUGUUGAGUACCGUCAGGAUCGCGAGCAUGCAUGAGAUUGCAAUGGAGCAGGGGUCGUUCUCAAAGGUUGGGAAGCGGCAGAUGAGUGUGGUUACCACUCAUGGGUCUACUCUGCCUAUGCUGGAGGCGGUUUACCAGCGUUGGGAUUCUAGUCUUGCGGGUGUUGAAGAUAUUCCGGGUAUGGUGUGGGCGAUUUCUCUGGAGCCGUUGCCGUCGGCUAUCUAUGCCCGUAAUGCCUCGAAGAAUGCAUUGGGCCUGGAUGAUGUGUCUGGUUCGCUGGUGGUGACUCUGCUCAGUGCAACUUGGGACAAUGAGUCGGACGAUGAGAAAGUGGAGAAAGCCGCGCGUGAGCUUUUCGAUAAUAUUGAUGACGACGCGCGCAAGUUGGGUGUCUACGAGCCAUUCGUGUACCUCAACUACGCAGCGCCGUGGCAGGAUCCAAUCACCAGCUAUAAGAGCAAGAACGUUGAGCUUCUAAAGCGUGUAAGUCAGGACGUCGAUCCGAAGAGGCUGUUUCAGACAGCUGUACCUGGAGGAUUCAAACUACCGAACAAACAUCACCUUCCACCACAUGACCAGCCGCUGAGAAUCCAUAUCGAAGGACCCCUGGUCGCCAUCCAAAAGCUUCUACCGGAUAUCCUGUGGCAUCUGAGUCUUCUCGACCGCACAUUCCCACAGCCAGCAGGCCCGGAACUAGCCCGGUUGACGUACCAACAGAUAUACGGACGGGAUACAUGUCCGGAAGUCGCGGGCGAUCUGGUGGUAAGGGAUGAGUAUUUGAGAUGGAUGGCAGAGAAGUACCCGGAUCAGUUGAUUGACUAUUAUGGUGUCACAUUUGAUUAUCUUGUCCCAGUGGAUGAGCCCAACCCGGAGGUGCUACAGAUUAACAUUAUUGAGAUUGAGGAUGAUAACGGUGUGGAUGCAAAUACGGGCCUUUUAUUCGCGGUCGACCCGGUUGAUUAUGUUGGGAACAAGGUCCUGGCCGUGUCGAGAUGUUGCCAGAUGAGAAAGGGCACACAGCAUCGCUGGCGGGUGAAUGCACUGGUGGACCAGAGGGUCCACGGCGGAGAGAAUUUGAAGGGAAUGGAAGAAUUGGAGAAACAUUAA